CUUAGCUUUACAGAAUGAAAACUAUGAACAUCGGUCCAAAAGUCUUGCUCUAAUAGAAUUAAGUUAGACAACAAGAUGACGAAGAUGAUGUGCCUGAUGAUCCCUCUCCUGUUUUAAUUAAAUAAAAAAUAAUAUAAGUCAUCAAGCAUAAUCAACCCAGAUUUGAUGUCAAAGGUAGGCAAAUAUUUAAAGGCACUGGAUAUGGAAUAGCUUUUGAUAAUUUUGUCACCGUCUGUGUAUUCAAUCCUGAUGAGGAAGUGCUGUCAAUUAAAGACACAAUUUCCCAAUGCACGAAUAUUCAAGAAUAGGAGAAGUUUCACAUCAAAUCUAGCACCAAUAAAAAAAUAGAGGAUUUUCAUAAAGAAAUAAUCUUAAAAUCAAUUCUUAAAUAAACUAAACCACAUUAUUGA